GUUUCUAGAAAUUUUAUAAAAUCGCUCGAGCAGAUUAAGUUAUAUAGUAUUUCGAUCGACCAACACGUAUUGCGUAAGAAACUCCAAAAUGUGGAUGCAACUAAAUAAAACUAUAUUGAUUUCUCGUCUAUCGGGCGUCCUGGGCCCAAAUUCCCAAGCGGUUGUGAAAUGGAAGUCGCCCAUGGUCGUGCGCAACUAUGCACGAGGACCUGUGCGUACCCGGACUAUUGUUGGACAGCAGCCGGCACGUCCUCAAACGCUCAAGGAGAAGCUGAUGGCACCCCCUAGUGCCAAUGCUUAUUCAUUGGGCAAGGGUGCUGCAGCUGGUGCCGCUGUUGUGGGUAUGGGUGCGCUCUGCUACUAUGGAAUUGGCCUGGGCAAGGAAAAUAGCAUCGCCAACAACUCCAUGCUUUGGCCACAGUACGUGAAGGAUCGCAUUCACUCGACUUAUGGCUUCUUUGGCGCUUCGUGUAUUGUAACAGCUGCAUCUGCAGCUGCUGUUUUCCGAACACCGCGCCUCCUUUCCUUGGCUUCGCGUGGUGGUCUAUUGUGGACAUUCGCUUCGCUUGCUCUUGUUAUUGGCAGUGGUGCCGUCGCAAGAUCUAUUGAAUAUCAGCCGGGCUUUGGUCCCAAACAUCUGGCCUGGGUCGCGCAUUGUGCCAUCAUGGGCGCUGUGAUUGCCCCCCUCUGUUUUAUAGGCGGUCCGAUUCUAACACGCGCUGCAAUUUACACUGGAGGCAUUGUCGGCGGCCUCUCCACAAUAGCGGUCUGUGCUCCAAAUGAUAAAUUCUUGUAUAUGGGUGGCCCCCUGGCUAUUGGUCUUGGUGUCGUCUUUGCUUCAUCAUUAGCAUCUAUGUGGUUACCGCCUACAACAGCUCUGGGUGCUGGCCUGGCUUCUAUGUCCCUAUAUGGUGGUCUGCUUCUCUUUAGUGGAUUUUUGCUGUACGACACUCAACGUCUUGUACGCAAGGCCGAGGUCUAUCCUCAAUACACCAUGGCACCCUUCGAUCCCAUCAAUGCUUCGAUGUCCAUCUAUCUCGACGUAUUGAAUAUAUUCAUCCGGAUUGCCACCAUAAUGUCUGGGUCCAGGAAUAGAAAAUAGAUUUAUCAUGCAUAUGUAUAUUAUAUAUAAGCCACAAACAUGUGAUGAAGCAAAGAACAUUUUCUUUAAAUAAAUUAUAAUCGACUUUAAUUGUA